AUGUCCAACCUCGCAGAUCUCGGGUCGAAGCUCUUCCACGCGCAAGAAGAAUUCCGCCCAAAGAUCGUGUCGACGGACAAGCGCGUCCGCGGCCUGCUGGACGGGAAAUGGAUCUUCGACACAACGGGUGCGAAGCUGGUCUGGGAACACAAGUUCUUCCCUUACUAUUGGAUCCCGAAGGCCGACUUCCUGCCCACGGCGACGUUCACGGACGACAAGCCCAUCUCAGGGAUCCAGCAGUCAACCUCGGAGCUGAGCGUGGAAGGGUCUGAGAAAUCGGUCUCGGCGCUGCUCGUGCCGGACUCGUUCAACUCGGAGCUGGCGGGGUUCGUCAAGAUCGAGUUCAAGGCGCUGGACGCGUGGUACGAGGAGCAGGCGCCCGUGCUGUACCACCCGAAGGACCCCUUCCACCGGGUCGACAUCCUCCCGUCUGGAAGAAAAGUGCGAGUCGAGAUUGACGGCGUCGUCGUCGCCGACACCGGAGACGAGGGCGGUGUGCAGUCGCUCUGGGAAACCAAUUUCCCCGGCCGCUGGUAUCUGCCACGCACGGCCGUCAACUGGCAGUAUCUGAAGCCCAGCGAGACCAAGACCGGCUGCCCUUACAAGGGCCAGGCGAGCUAUUACAGCGCGGUCAUCAAUGGGAAGGAGCAUAGUGAUGUCGUCUGGUGGUAUCCGAACCCCACCCAUGAGAGUGUGCAGGUUGCAGGCCUGUUGUGCUUCUACCCGGACAAGGUCGAUACUUUUGUCGAUGAGAAGCCGAUCGCGAAGAUCGGCAUGCGCCUGCCGACCUCGAGUAAGAAGGAUAAUGAGGAUCUGGAUAAGUUGCGCGCAAGUGCAAAGGCGAGUAGCUGCAAUUGCUAG